GAGAGCUACUGAAUCCUUUAAAAUUUAAAAAAUGGAAAUUAAUGAAAACAGGUGAAAUUCGUAAUUUUAGCAUUGCUAUUUUCCUUGGAUCAUAAAUAUUUGCUGUCAUCCUGGAUGUUCUGUAUUUCCCUUAAGGCUCGGACUGGUUUCCCCUUCGUCGAUGCCAUCAUGACCCAGCUGAGGCGGGAGGGCUGGAUCCACCACCUGACCAGACAUGCUGUCGCUUGUUUUCUCACAAGGGGAGACCUGUGGAUCAGCUGGGAAGAAGGGCAGAAGGUGUUUGAGGAGCUUUUAUUGGAUGGCGACUGGGCUCUGAAUGCUGGAAACUGGCAGUGGCUCUCAGCAAGUACCUUCUUCCACCAGUUCUUCAGGGUCUACUCCCCUGUCGUAUUUGGCAAGAAGACGGACAAAAAUGGAGACUACAUCAAAAAGUACCUUCCUCUUAAGAAGUUCCCGGCCCAGUAUAUCUAUGAGCCGUGGAAAGCUCCACGCAGUGUCCAGCAGGCAGCAGGAUGCAUCGUGGGUAAAGACUACCCGCAUCCCAUCACACAGCAUGAAGUGAUCAGCAAGACGAACAUCCAGAGGAUGAAGUUGGCUUAUGCCAAGAGAUCGGCAGACCCCGCUGAAUCACCCAACAAAUCACCCAGCGAAAAACAAGGUGUAAAGCGCAAGGCUCCGUCUGUUUUUGACAUGCUGAAGAAGAAAGAGAGAAGAAAGUAAUGGUGCACAUAUGAAUGCAUAGUAAAAGAGGUUUUGUGUAAUCUAUAGCUCUUCAUUACAAAUCACAGAAUAUAUUAGAGUCUCAUUAAUGUGUGCACACAGUCUAUUAUGUCUUCUUUUUUAUUACACCCUACAUUGGUUAAGAUUUUAGUACUGUUUUUAUUUAAUUUUUUAUAUUGUAUCUACCGGUAUAUAAAUGUGCGUUUUAUGCUUGUAGAAAGUUUCUUGCAUGGAGAUUAACUUAAAAUGUAUAAAAGUUGAUGGUCUCAUCUUGUCGGAAGGCUACAGUUUAUAUUGAGAUGCAGUAGUGUCUGCUUCACAAGUGGCCUUUUAUUGUAACUUUAAUGUUAAAAUGCCUUACUGCUCCACCCUAGAAAUUUGAUGUCUAUUUUUUACUCUUUACAUUGUAUGACUACUCAGGUGUUAAUUCAGUGUGGCUUUGUGGCACAAGGCAGUAAAACUGCCUUGUGCCAAAG